UCGGGGAAGGGGCGCAGGUGGCAGCCAUCUUGCGUUGCGAGUCGGCUCGCUACGCUCCACGCUAGGGUACCAGUGCCUGCCCCUCUCCUGCUCCACACAGGCGAUCCCCUCGGAAAUCAGGGCACCAGAGAAUACCACAUUAAUGGACGGGAAGGCACGGUGAGUCUGGGUUCUGCAGCCGGCUGGUCCUCAGAAGGAGCCCUAGGAAGCCGGUCUCAGCCUCUGGGCGCUCUGCCUCACAGUGUCUCGGUGCUUGAUCUAGCGGGAUGUGGCCAUUCACUCACUGCUGGCGACCAGCGCCUGUGUCCCGUGGCUUAUGGAAAUUCCCCGGUGUGCCCAGAGAAGAGAUGCCAUGGCUAGCCCAGGAAAAGAUAACUAUAGAAUGAAAAGUUAUAAGAAUAAAGCCCUAAAUCCUCAAGAAAUGCGUAGACGAAGAGAAGAAGAAGGAAUACAGCUUCGAAAACAAAAAAGGGAAGAGCAGCUAUUCAAACGCAGAAAUGUUUCUUUGCCCAGAAGUGAUGAAUCUAUGCUAGAAAGUCCUAUCCAGGAUCCUGAUAUCAGUUCUACUGUACCCAUACCAGAGGAAGAAGUUAUUACUACAGAUAUGGUUCAGAUGAUUUUUUCUAAUAAUGCUGACCAACAGCUAACAGCAACACAGAAAUUUAGAAAGCUGCUUUCCAAAGAACCUAAUCCACCAAUAGAUCAAGUUAUACAGAAACCAGGAGUUGUUCAGAGAUUUGUGAAAUUUCUUGAGAGAAAUGAAAAUUGCACUUUACAAUUUGAAGCUGCAUGGGCAUUAACUAAUAUAGCAUCUGGAACUUUCCUGCAUACCAAGGUAGUGAUUGAAACUGGGGCAGUUCCAAUUUUUAUCAAACUUCUUAAUUCAGAACAUGAAGAUGUGCAGGAACAGGCUGUUUGGGCGCUUGGUAAUAUUGCUGGUGACAAUGCAGAAUGCAGAGAUUUUGUUUUGAAUUGUGAAAUACUUCCACCUCUUUUAGAGUUAUUAACAAAUUCAAACAGACUCACAACAACAAGAAAUGCUGUAUGGGCCCUCUCAAAUUUAUGUAGAGGCAAAAAUCCUCCUCCAAACUUUAGUAAGGUUUCACCUUGCUUAAAUGUCCUAUCACGCUUAUUGUUUAGCAGUGACCCAGAUGUGCUAGCAGAUGUGUGUUGGGCCCUUUCAUAUCUCUCCGAUGGACCCAAUGAUAAAAUUCAAGCAGUGAUUGAUUCUGGAGUCUGUCGAAGAUUGGUGGAACUUUUAAUGCACAAUGAUUAUAAAGUUGUAUCACCUGCAUUAAGAGCAGUUGGCAAUAUUGUGACUGGUGAUGAUAUUCAGACACAGGUAAUAUUGAAUUGUUCCGCAUUACCCUGUCUGUUACAUUUAUUGAGUAGUCCAAAGGAGUCAAUUAGAAAAGAAGCCUGUUGGACUGUUUCUAAUAUCACCGCUGGAAAUAGAGCUCAGAUUCAGGCUGUUAUAGAUGCAAAUAUUUUUCCUGUUCUGAUUGAAGUUCUUCAGAAAGCAGAGUUUCGUACUAGAAAAGAAGCAGCUUGGGCUAUAACUAAUGCGACAUCAGGAGGCACUCCAGAGCAAAUAAGGUAUUUGGUAGCCUUAGGCUGCAUCAAACCACUUUGUGACCUUUUGACUGUUAUGGACUCCAAAAUAGUUCAAGUGGCAUUAAAUGGACUUGAAAAUAUUUUACGCCUCGGAGAACAAGAAUCUAAGCACAAUGGAAUAGGCAUUAAUCCGUACUGUGCUCUCAUUGAAGAAGCAUAUGGUCUGGAUAAAAUAGAGUUUCUGCAAAGCCAUGAAAAUCAGGAAAUUUACCAGAAGGCUUUUGACCUAAUUGAACAUUAUUUUGGUGUAGAAGAAGAUGAUCCCAACAUUGUACCUCAGGUGGAUGAAAACCAACAACAGUUUGUAUUUCAGCAGCAGGAAGCACCAAUGGAAGGGUUUCAACUUUAGCUUGGAAGAAGAAACUGUGUCUAAAAAGAGUAGUUUCAGAUAUUUCCUCUUUGUUGCCAUUUUUCAGUAGCAAUGUUUGAUGUUUUUUCACCAAAAAAAGACAAUUUGUUGUACUUACAAAAAGAAAAAUUGAAACAAAAGUUUCCUGUCAGAUGGACUCUUUGUUAGUUUUUAGGGUUUUUUGUUUCUUUUUUGCUGUUUCUAUUUAUGUAUUUUGUUGUUUGGAUUUUUCUAUUUGUGAACAAGUAUUAUGCAAUUAUUUAAUAUCCUAAGCUUGAAAAACUUUGGUAAUGUAUUACAUAAUGGUUCUUAAUUUUUCAAGCAUAUCUGAAAACUGCACAAUAGCAGUACAACUAUUAUUGAUAAUUGCAUUUUGGCAGUAAGUCUGAUAUUGCCCAAGCUUUACUAAAUCUACCUCUAUCUUGAAGCAAAAAAUAACAAAAAAGCUUCAAAAACACAAAAUAGUAUAAAAGCUAAAUUAGAAUGUGGUUAUUUAUUACCUUAAAUUAUAAAUCACUGUGCUGUAGAUUAUACUUUGCAACAACAAAAAACUUACAACAUAAAAUCUGUCAAUUUUAUUUAUAAAAUGUAGACUAUUAUAGCGAUAAGCAGUUAGAAGCGGCAGUUGUGAAGAAAGAAGCUAUUCUUCAUGUUAAAUGAACAUGUUGAGUACAUUAAAAGGAUUACUUUACAAAACACUUAAAUAUGUGUGUUUUUAACAUAUAAAUACUAUCUAUUAGUAUAUUUUCUAUUUCUACCAAAUAUGUUACCAUUUUUGAAAUAGUGUUUUAUUAUUUUUUUCACUCUUCAUGUUAAAGAACAUCAUGAUAGGCCAUCGUGAAAGGUAGUGCUGCUUAUCUAAAAAGAAAUACUGUAAAUCUUUCUCUGAUUUUUCAGGGCAGAAAAUGAGCAGUUUUAUUCUCUAUGUAAUAAUGGACUUAGGUACUUGAAGGAGAAAUCACCUUGGUAUAUACUAAAUUUCUUUAAAUGUGUGUGAUAGAUUGGACACUAAAUGAUACUAUUAAUGAAAAUUGUAAAGAAUUCUUGAAUACAGUUAAAAUCUAUGUUAGACUUUUUUGGGUAGUAAUCAGAGGGUCAUACCACUGUUUGUUAUGAAUUAUUAUGUUUAUAGCAGAUUGGUCAACAUAAUGUGUGCAUUUUAUAAAUUAACAGCAAAAACCUCUUCAAACUCUGAAAGUCUUAAGAGAAAGAUUUCAAUAGUUAAAUUAUAUAUAUAUAUAUAUUUAUUUACUUAUAGAUGCAUAUAUGUGUGUGUGUCAUGUGUGUAACUGUCAAGGUACUGUUAUGCUUGGUAGAAUUUUCUAAGCAGAUAUGGUACUGUUGAGCUCAAUCUUUUAAUUUUUAGCUAUAUGAGACUAUUUACAUUUCCACUUAAUAUACCUAGGAUACUUAUUGAAAACUCAGUUUAUGACUCUUUUAAGAUGGGAAUUAGGCAAUUUUGAUAUGAUUCAUAGUCUAUUCUGUAAAAAAAGAUUUCAUUUAUGAUAGCAUUUGUAAUGUUUCUGCUGGAAAUCAGAGGCAUGCUGUAAGAGGAAAAUGUAUAUAGGAAUACUUUGAAAAAGUAUGACACUUUGUAAAUGAAAUAUGAAACUAAGCUUUUGGCAAGACACUUAAAACCUACAGCUAUAAAAUUCAGGUUUAAGUGGUGUCCAUAAUGCUGACUGCAUCUACCAACCUUUUUGUAUAUUGUUAAGUAGAAGAAUAUAUCUGUGCUCAUUUAUUAUAGUAGAAGUUAUACAGUUGAGUAUUAAAAGUUUUUCUUUUACAUUAUAUAUAUUAAAAACAAACAGGGUAGUAUUAAAGGUUUAAAAAUUAAUGGUGAAUUUAUCAGAUAAACUUUUUAUGAUGCAGAUGGUUAUAAGCAUCAGGUGACAGGGUAUUCUACUCUUUCUAACGAAUCAAAGUUGGUAAUACAGCAUUAAUCAGAAAUAACCAGCUGUGCCUGAUUUUUUGUUUUGCAAACCCUAUAGUCACUAGAAUAAAUCUCUAAGCCAAAUCUUUCAAACAAAAUAGUUCUUAAAGCAGGAAAAGUAAUAUAUAUAUGUAUAUGUACAUAUGCGUACACAUCGAAUAUCCUGUAAAGGAAAGAUUUUUAAAUUUUUGCCUAUAAAGCCAAAUUUGCAUCCGUAAGUAUAGAAUGAAACUAUACAUAAAGUACUUAAGGACAAAGUUGUAUUUAGUUUCUUGGGUAUGUUACUCCACGAAUUGGUUUGACUUGAUUUGAUUUGAAUGCACAGUGCACUAUGUAGUAGGGACCAGCUCUUGACCUGGUGAUGAGUUUAUUGCAAGAAGGCUAACAAAUACUGUGUUAUCAGCAUUCAAAGGAAUAUAUGCCUGCUCUUUUCAGCUUUACUAUUUAUAGUGCUUCAAAAACGUGUUUUCAGUAAUCUUCACUGGUCCUUGUGGAAAAAAAUUUUAACUUGCUUUAUUAAGAUUUAUUAUAUUAAAUCUGAAAGAAAUUGUGCCAAAAAUUAAAUUAAAAAGUAUUAUAAAGGGGAAUGCAUGCAAACAUUAAUACAAAUACCAAGAAAACACUUGAAAGAGUACUUUUCAUUUAGUUCCUUAAACUCGGUGGGGUGGUUAUUUGUCGGAUUUUUAGUUACUACUGGUUGAUCUAUGCAAUUAUGCUUGCUCGUUUUAUAUUUAUUAAUAUUUGACUCCCUUGUUUGUUUGUUUUUUUUACUGUAAGUUUUAUUUGGAAAGGUUCUAACUUAAUUUUUAGUGUCCUUUACAUGUCAUUUGUUUUCUUACUGGUAGUACCAGAGCAACAGAGCAAAAAAUAAUAAUAACAAAAUUUUCUGGCACAGAAAUAAUAUAUUGUUUGGUAACUGUACAAUCUACUUGCAGUUAAAUGUUGAUUUACUUAGACGGACUAAAGGAAGUGUUUAUUACCUUUGCCUUUAUAUUUUGUCUUGUCUUAAGAAGGAGCAUUAUGGAACAAGAAAAUAUAAAAAUGUUGUAGGUUUUCAUUACUGUUCUAAAUUCAACAAUUUACUGGCUGCUUAAUUGUGAAACUGUGAAAUCAAAUUGUUGACAAUUCAUUUUCAUUCAUAGCAUUACUGUUUUAUGAAAAGUGACAUUUUAGGAGCCAAUAUAAUAGGGCUCUAGAAGAGUAGUGUGUCUAAAUUCUGACUGGGGAGUGACAUGAGGGGAGAAUAUUUUUAACUAACUAAUGAAAUAACAUCUGAGCAGUAUGCAAUAUUAUGAAAUGCUAUAGCACUAUAUUGCAAAUAAUAAAACACUAUUUUACAAUUGCAUUUA